UCUUCUUGCAUAUAAAGUUACGUUCACAAAAUAUCGCCUUGCAAAACAUUCGACACGUGGAUUUAAGAGAACGGUUUUGGACUUCGCAUUCAGGUAGUGCACUAUUGGAUAUUUAUUUGACGAGCUACAGAAGUCUUUGAAACUCUUGCAUUUGUUGGUCCGAGUUUGCCCCCCAGAUAUGAAAUGGGCGCAGUGAUUGACGACAGCGCCCCCUUCGUGACCUCAGGGUAAAAAGAAAGCGACCCGCAAUUGCGAUGAUGAACUCAGUUGCAGUAUGGGAUACCUUCUCCAGUGGGACCUCAGGAGCGAGGCCCAUGCGGAGCAUGGACCCGAGACCGCCGUAUGCAGUGGACAGGCCUAGACCACAGUCAGCACCGAUGCGUAAGCCCACUUCCCCCGGUAAGGCGCUGUGGCGAGACUCCAGAGCAGACACAAGCCCCCAUGUGCAGCAUCGGUUUGCCACAUCGCUCAGAAGCAGCAGUGCAAACCGAGACAGCUACGUCAGUAAACGGGCCCCAUAUGCUGCCAAACGGCUCCACGCCCUCAAUGUAGAAAGACAAAUGAUGACUGGCACGUACCCCCGCGUGGAGAAUGGAAAGACGUUAGCGUACCCAGAGUACGAUCCAUUCGGGGAUCCGCAUCUGACGGAUUAUUACGCGAGGAAGUUUGGCGUUGGCAUACCGAAACCACCGUCUGGGGCGAAGAGGAGGCCGGCUAGCGCAAAUGGCAGGACCAGCACCAGCCGUACUGGUACCCGGUUCUCAGAAGUUAUGUACAGGGUAACAGUCAAGACGGGGGACAAGAAGAACUGCGGGACCAGUGCUAAUGUGUUCAUCCAGCUGAAAGGUGCCAAGGGCAAAUCUGCCAAACGGAAACUAACCAAAAAAUCCACCAAGACGGAGUCGGGGUUCGUCAAGACCAAGUACAGCCGCAACACCACCAAGAUCUUCAAGGUCAAGAUGCAGGACGUUGGGGAGCUGCAAACACUCACAGUUGAGCAUGAUGGUUUGGAGAAAACAGACAGUUGGUUCUUGGAGGAUAUAGAGGUAGUGAAUCUAGCCACUAAGACCACGUACCUGUUCCACUGCGGCCAGUGGCUGUCACUGUUUGAGAAUGACUGCCAGCUCAGGAGAGUACUGAAGGCGUUGGAUCCAAAGAAACACGGCAAAACAGUAUACGAAGUCGUAACGAUCACCGGUGACGUCAAGGGUGCAGGCAGCGAUUCCAACGUGUACAUCACUCUAUUCGGCAUGCGGGGGACCAGUAAGAAGAUGCCGCUGAAACCCCGGUCCGGCGUAAAUCCCUUCGAGAGAGGCAACAGCGACAUCUUCACCUUUAAGUGCAAUAACGUAGGACCACUCAGGAAAAUCAGGAUAGAGCAUGACAAUACAGGCUUUGGUCCAGGCUGGUUCUUAGACCGGGUGGUCGUGACCGACCACAACAACCCCAAGAAAGGGAAGUACUACUUCCCGUGCGGAGAGUGGCUCGCUAAGGGGGAAGGAGACGGACGGAUCUGCCGAGAUCUCAUCGGGAGCAGAGAUCCUCUUGCUGUUAGGAAAUCUCACAAGUACAAAGUUCAUGUUUUUACGGGUAAUAAACGCGGUGCUGGGACCGACGCCAACGUCUUCGUCACGAUGUUCGGGGAGUUGGGGGAGGAUUCCGGGGAGAGGAAAUUGACGAACUCCAAGAACAACUUUGAGAGGGGAAGAGAGGACGUCUUCGUCAUCGACACACCAGCCCUAGGCCCCUUGGAAAAGAUCCGAGUUGGUCAUGACAACUCAGGACCAGGACCCGCUUGGUUCCUGGAAAAGGUCAUUAUUGAUGAUAUUGAGUUGGGUGCGACGUAUGAGUUUUCCUGCAAACGAUGGCUGGCUAAGAAUGAGGAUGACGGUCUGAUCACAAGGGAGCUCUACUGUGGAGAUAAAGCUGGCAAGGGGGCUUCAAAAGGAAUACCCUACGAGGUCCGCAUAACCACCAGCGACAAAAGAGGCGCGGCGACAGACGCCCGCGUCUACAUCGUCAUGUACGGUGGGAAGAAGGGCGAGGAGACUAGCGGGAAGAUCUGGCUGGACGAGGGGAAAUUUGGACGCGGACGCACGGACGUCUGCAACGUGGAGAUUGGAACCAUGUUGAGUCCGCUGUCGAGGAUUGAUAUCGGUCAUGAUAACGCUGGGGCUGGUGCGGGAUGGCACUUGGACAAGGUUGUGAUCAACUGCCCGGUAGCCGGCAUUGAGCAGACGUUUCUUUGUAAUGAGUGGCUGGCUGAUGAUGAGGGAGACAAAAGAAUCGAGAGGACGCUGAUGGAGUCCAAAUCCAUGAGGAAAACAAAGAAACAAAGGGAAGUGUGGAAUGUAACGGUCACCACAAGCGACGUAUCCAGUGCGGGGACGGACGCCAACGUUUUCUUCUGUCUCUAUGGCGACGAGGGCAAGUCGGACGACAUCAAACUGGAGAACAAGAGCGACAACUUUGAGAAAGGAGAGCAGGAUACCUUCAAGAUCGAGAUGGUGCCCGUCGGGAAACCGUACAAGAUGAGAGUCUGGCACGAUAACAAGGGCAUGGCUGCUGGAUGGCAUCUGGAAAAGAUCGAGAUCCAGAGAAUAUCCACUAAGAAGGCGUAUACCUUCCCUUGCAAUCGCUGGCUGGCUAAGGAUGAAGACGAUGGGGAGAUUUUCAGAGAGAUGCCAGCUACAGGAGACAGCAUUAAGAAACCACUGCCUUUGGUGAAGUACAAAGUGGGCGUUUACACAUCAGACAAGUUUGGUGCUGGAACCGAUGCUAACGUCUUCUGCAACAUCUUUGGCGAGAUGGGCGACACUGGAGAGAGACCCCUUUCGAAGUCUGCCAACAACAGGAAUAAAUUUGAAAGGAAAAAUGUUGAUGAGUUCAUCGUAGAAGCCGUCUCACUACGUGCCUUAAAGAAGAUUCGCAUCGGCCACGAUGGAACUGGUGCUGGAGCAGGGUGGAUGCUUGAUAAGGUGGUCAUUAGUCAGGAAGGCAAAGCAGAGUCCGAAGUUGUUUUCCCUUGCAAGAGAUGGUUGGAUCGAGACGAAGAUGACGGGCAGAUUGUCAGAGAACUGGUCCCCGAAGGAAAUUCACAACUUCUAUCAACGACCUCCUACCAUGUAUCUGUCAAAACUGGAGACGAGCGGGCAGCCGGUACUGACGCCAAUGUCUAUGUUAAACUCUUUGGGGAGGAUGGGGACACGGGUAUGAUACCACUCAAGCAGUCGGAGAACACCAAGAACAAGUUUGAGAAAGGCCGGACGGACAAGUUCACUCUGGAGGCGGUGGAUAUUGGGAAGCUUGAGUACUUGAGAAUCGGCCAUGAUGGUUCUGGGCCCGGAGCGGGCUGGUUCCUAGACUCCAUUGAGGUGGAUAUCCCUUCUAGAGGACUGACCUACAUGUUUGCUGCUCAUAGGUGGCUGGCUGAAGACGAGGAAGAUGGAGAGUUGGAAGUUGAGCUUUAUCCAACGGACACCAAGAAGAGUAAAGCACGUAUUCCGUAUGAGGUGACAAUCUCAACCGGUACCUGCUCAUCAGCCGGCACUGACGCAAACAUCUUUCUACGUAUCUAUGGGGAGGAAGGAGCCAAGACGGAAGAGUUUCAGUUACGUAACCGCACCGAUAACUUUGAGAAGGGUGCCGUUGAAAAGUUCAAGAUUGAAGCAGAGGAUGUCGGUCCAGUCAGUAAGAUCCGCAUCGGACACGACGGCACAGGACGCUUCGCUGGCUGGUUCUUAGACAGAGUCCAACUUGAAAGAUUUCCACCGAAAAGUCGUCUGAAAAGACGGAAGUCAAAGUCCAAGAAAUCUCGGAGCGAAGAAGACGACGACGAUCAAGAUGCCGACAACAGAUCCCUCAAGAGACGGAAGUCUAAAUUGAAAAACCGAUCACGGAGCGACGACGACGAACGAGACGAGGCUGAGGAAGCACCGGAGCUGACCAAGUAUCUGUUCGUCUGCAAUCGUUGGCUGGCGCGGAGCGAGGACGACGGACAGAUCGUCAGGGAGUUGGUACCGACGGACGAAGCUGGAAACGUCCUCAAGAAGAACUCUCUGAAGAUGGGUGAGUACACAGUCCACAUGUACACCGGGGACGUAUUUCAAGCGGGAACCGACGCUAAUGUCUUUAUCAAUGUGUACGGAGAGAAGGGGGAUACCGGUGAACGCAGGAUGAAAGAUUCAGAGACAAAUAUGAACAAGUUUGAACGCAACCAGGAGGAUAUUUUCAAAAUGGAGGCCGGCGAUCUCGGCGGAUUGAAGAAACUCAAGAUCAGACAUGACAACUCAGGGCCGGGGGCAAACUGGUUCCUUGACAGGGUAGAGGUUGAGGAUAAGAUGCACAAUCGCAGGUAUUAUUUCCCUUGUCAACGCUGGUUAGCGACCGGCAAAGAUGAUGGGCAGAUCUCUCGUGACCUGAUCCCAGUAGAGAAAGAGGUCAUCGAGAGGUCGUUGUCGAGGCGGAAGUCUUCAACGUCGUUACGAGAGGAGAUUGCCCUCGAAGCAAAGGCUUCCAUGGAAACGUAUCAUGUGUUCGUAACGACGUCUGAUGUUCGUGGAGCGGGAACAGACGCUAAUGUCUACAUCGUCUUAUUUGGUGAAAAUGACGACACAGGUCAACAUUUUCUAAAGGCCUCCAAGACGAACAGAGACAAGUUCGAGAGAGGAAAAACAGACGAAUUCAUCAUCGAAGCGGUUGACAUCGGAGAAAUACAAAAAAUCAAAAUCGGUCACGACAACAAGGGAGGCUUCGCUGGCUGGAAGUUGGACAAAGUUGAGAUUGACGCUCCCUCCCUUGGUAAGAAGUGGUUCUUCCCCUGCGGUCGCUGGCUCGACAAAGGUGAAGACGACGGGCAGAUUGAGCGGAUCUUACACCCUGUGGAGACCCGGACGGAAGAGUACCAGAAACAUGUGCCUUAUGAGUUUACGGUGUACACCAGUGACGUCUCCGGUGCUGGAACGGACGCUGACGUCUUUGUCACGCUGUACGGCCAGGACAUCGUAACGAGUCGGAAGAGUCUGUGCGACAACAAGAAACAACGCAAGGAAUCGUUCGAGAGGAAUCAAACCGAUAAAUUUGUCGUUGAGCUUGAAGAUGUUGGCGAAACUAUCGAGAAACUCCGGGUCGGUCACGACAACUCUGGUUUUGGUGCAGCUUGGCAUCUGAACAGGGUGGAAGUACGACGCCUACUGGAAAACACAAAGGGUUCCAGGACGUACGUGUUUCCCUGCAAUCGUUGGUUCUCACGGAAGGAGGAUGACGGGGAGAUCGUCCGAGAGCUCGUCCCGGCCCAGAUUACCGAAGAGAAAGUCCGUAAAGACGGCAGCAUGAAGAAGAAAGAGGUGAAACAAGACACACUGACUGUCAAGAAAUAUGCGAUCAACGUCUACACCGGGGACGUCUUCAGGGCGGGGACAGAUGCCAACGUUUUCUGCACUCUCUUCGGGGAGACGAGCGACAGUGGGGAGAGACAACUUCGCAACUCGGAGACCUACACGGACAAGUUUGAACGAGGCCAUUGUGACAAAUUCACCAUUGAGGCGGCGGACCUCGGCAAGCCAUUCAAGCUGAAGAUCCACCAUGACAACACUGGCUUCUCGGCUGCCUGGUUCCUUGACAGGGUUGAGGUGAUCGAGGACGAUGGUGAGAAGUGCGUCUUCCACUGUGAGAGGUGGCUGGGAAAGAACAAAGAUGAUGGAAAAUUAGAGAGGACACUGUAUGCUAAGGGCUAUGAAGGAGACAUGUCCAGCACCAGCACCCUUCACCGGAGCAAAUCGUCUGGCUCUCUCAAGUCCGUCCGAUCGGACAGUCCUGGACCACUAACCAGGAGGAAAUCCCUACUAGAAAUGCCAGAAUUUGAAGGCCCAACAAUCCCUUACACAAUCAGAGUGACCACCGGCAAGGAGCCCGAUAUGGGCACCGAGGCCAACAUCUUCAUCAUCAUCAGCGGCCCUAAGAAGAAGCACACCACAGGGAAGCUACCGCUGAAGAUGGUGAACAAGACCCGACUGGAGCCAAGCUCCAUCGAGACGUUCUCCCUGGAAGCCCCGGACGUCACCGAGAUCAAGAAAAUUGAGGUUGGGCACGAUGGCGUCACACCUCAAGAAGGUUGGUUCCUGGAGGACGUCGAGGUGGACAUGCCGACCCUCGGCAAACACUACUCCUUCCCUUGCAAGAGGUGGCUGUCUAAGGACAAAGACGACGGUCACAUCUCAAGAGUUCUAGUUAUUGAUGACGCUCAGAGCGCAACCUAUAAACCAAAACGCUUCUUUUUCACGGCGGACAGCCCAACUAUAGCUGCUCUAAUAAGCAGCCUCCAUUUCAGGAAACGAAAAAUUCCGUAUGAAGUGACAGUCUUCACCGGUGAUGUUCAGAAUGCUGGAACUGACGCUGCAAUCACGCUAAGCGUAUUCGGAACGAACGGCUACACACCGGAUAUGAUCCUGGAGAAAAAAGAAGAACGGUUUGAGAGAGGAAAAGAGGACCUCAUUAAGAUGGAGCUUGAUGAUAUAGCUCCCCUCAAGAAGAUCCGAAUCGGCCACAGCGGCAAAGGCAGCCGCCCAGACUGGUACCUGGAAAAGGUCCAUAUGAGGAACAUGGAGACGGGAGACCUGACUGUCUUCAAGUGUGGUGAGUGGCUGUCCAAGACACAGAGUGACAAGAAGAUCAUCCGAGAACUGCCGGCCUUCGUCAAAGGAAAAGCGCAGAUCCAAAACACCAACUACAAGGUGACGGUGAAAACCAGCGACAUCCGAGGAAGCGGGACUGACGCAAACGUCUCACUCGUCAUCUUUGGCGAGAACGGCAGCUCGGAAGAGCUCAAGCUGAAAGAAUCGCAGACGCACCGCGACAAGUUUGAGAGGAAUCAGACGGACAUCUUCACCUACUCGCUCCUGAGUCUCGGACAGCUGAUCAAGGCUAGGAUUUGGCACGACAACAAAGGACUGAAAGCCGGCUGGCAUCUAGAGUACGUUGAGAUCAUUGACGAGACGGCAAACAAGACGUUUAUGUUCCACUGUAACCGUUGGCUGGCCAGAGACGAGGACGACAAGCAGAUCAUGAGAGAGCUAACAUGUGACUCUCUCAACACGCCCAGAGACGAUAAAGAGAAGAUUACUUACGAGAUCUCUGUCACGACGACCGAUAAACGAGAUGCGGGUACGACCCAGAAUGCCUGGGUCUCCUUAGAGGGCGACCUGCGCAGCUCCAAGGAGUUCAUCAUGGAGAACAGCGUCAAGAAGAAAAUCCUCAGAAAGGGUGAUACAGACACUUUCAAGUUUACAACUCGCAACGUUGGACAGAUCGACAGUAUUCUGCUGGGACACAGGGAGCGGAGCGACAGUCCCAAACCCAAGGGAUCGGGGCGAGAGGUCGACUGGCACUGCCAUGAGGUCAUUGUCAUGGAUACGUCAACAGGAUCAAAGUUCACCUUCCCCUGCAAGAGUUGGGUCCCUCUGGGCUUCGGCAAGGACAGCGCGAUGAGACUCAACUGCAAGAAGGUGGACGAGGGCAAGAUGGUCACGGCAAGAAGUCUAGCACCGGUGAAAUAUGAGGUUGUCGUGGUAACAGCCAAUGAGAAGGGAGCAGGGACCGACGCCAACGUCAGCAUUAUUAUUUACGGAUCAAACGGGGACUCUGGGAAACAUCCUCUCAAACAAAGAUUCAGAGAUCUCUUUGAAAAAGGUCAAACGGACAAAUUCACCCUGGAAGUUCUGGACCUCGGCGAUUUGGUGAAGCUAUACGUAGAGCACGACAACAAGGGAUUCAACGCCGGCUGGCUCUGCGACCAUGUGACCAUCACCAACCUGGCAACCGGCAAACAGACACUCUUCCCAUGUGGGAAAUGGCUUGACAAGGGCAAAGGAGAUGGGGAACUAUACAAAGAGCUCUAUCCAGCCAAAGAACAAAUAAAAUAAUGCGUUGUCUAUGUGGGGGCGCUGUGUGGUUUGGUGAAAUCGCCAACCUGGCGACCGGCAAGCAGACGCUCUUCCCCUGUGGGAAAUGGCUUGACAAGGGCAAAGGAGACUGGGAACUAUACAAAGAGCUCUAUCCAGCCAAAGAAUAAAUAAAAUAAUGCGUUAAAAAUGUGAGGGCGCUGUUUUUGUUUGGUGAAAUCGUCAACCUGGCGACCGGCAAACAGACGCUCUGCCCCUGUGGGAAAUGGCUUGACAAGGGCAAAGGAGACGGGGCACUCUUUAAAUAAGAAUAAGAAAUAAUGCGUUGUCAAUUUGAGGGCGCUGUUUGGUUUGAGCAAAAUUUUGUCAACCCGUUGUCUAUAAUGUCUCUUCGACUUUGGUUUGAUUACAGGGAACUCUGCAAAGAACUCUAACCAGGCAAAGAAUAAUAAGUAAUGCGUUGUCAGUGUGAGGGUGUGGACGAAAGCUUUUCAACCCUUCUUCACAGCUUCUCUUACGUGAGAUGUGAAAUUGUAACAAAAUCCCAACCAAAUGUUUUUGUGGUUGGGAUUAGUGCCGAUUUGUGCCGAUAUUUCUUCUAAAUAGCCAAAAGUAGUCAGCAAAGUAUCAUGAUUGUGGGUGAUUUCAUGAUGUCAAAUGUUUAACUCAGGGUGUUGUGGCCGAGUGGUCUGACAUUGAACUUAAAUUCUGGUGGAUUUGUCAUUGAAGUGUAGGGUCGAAUCCCGGUCUCUGUGCUUGUGUUUAUGAUUGAGACAUUUACUGGUAGCGUUAAUUCAUGCUUCUUAUUACCUGGGUGUGAAUCUGUACCUGCGAGGGUACUCAUAUACACAAGUGUCAUAAUAAUAAUAAUAAUAUUAUCAUAUCAUACUCAAGUCGCUGAGUAUAUAAUCAAACUUUCAGAAAGAUUUGGUUAUUGCAGUGAUGAAUUCUGAGACCCAUUUAUUUAGCACCUUAUACGGACUUUACAUGGUGCUACGACGUAUUCAGCAGCCACAGCCAGGAGCACCUGUGCGAACCCCUUCCCCCUUCUCUUUUCGAUAAGUGUACUGGGUUCUUUUACAUGCGUAACACAA